UGUUUUGAGCUGGCACACAAUUUGUAAUUAUAAUUCAGAUGAUUUGAAUUUCCAGUAAAUGCAGAGCUUUUUUGUUUCUUCAUAAACAUGACCAAUUCACAUUGAUUAGACAAAAUAAUUGUUUUAUUAUUGCUCAUCUUUUAACAAACACAUUAAAAUCAGUAGUUAUUAAUACAUUGUCAGAAAUAGAGAAAUCAAAAUCACCUGAAUCGUCUUCAUUUAUCCUGCUUCUAAAUGUCUAACUGAAUCAAUUUCGGAUUUUAAUUGUGAUAUUGAGCAACUUCCAUUACUGUUUUCUUGUAUUAUAUAUAAAAAAUUAUGACAAUUAACUUGAUCAUUGUUCAUCGACAUCUUUAACUGUCAAUUUGCCUUUAUGGUUAAAACUUGACUCGUUUUGUGGUUAAAAAUGCUCUUGACAAGUCUAAUCGUUUCCCUUGUUUCACUGGUUUCACUUGUAAACGCAGCUGACCUUUACAAUUUCAUUUACACAACCGAUUCCAAAUCGAGUCUUGUUUAUGUUUCCAUCGACAAUUCAUCCAUCAGUUUAGAGAAAUCAAUUGUAAACUGUUCAGUUAUUAGUGACCCAGAUGGUGUUAAUGGAGUAUUGACUUCGGCUACUGAUCCUCUUAUUCCGAUUGACCAAGAUUCCUUCAAUACUUUGGUUAAAUCAUGUAAUAGCAUUAAACCCAGCUCAAUCUUACCACCAAAACCACUCUCUAACCUUUUUGGUUUAUCAAGUAAUAUGAUUGCUCCUGGUACCAAAUGGUGUGGACCUGGAAAUCGUUCAUCGGGUUACGAUGAUUUAGGUAUUAGGGUUGAGACGGACAAAUGUUGCCGUGAUCAUGACUACUGUCCAAUGUAUAUCGACGCGUUUCAAUCUAAAUACGGCUUGAAAAACACUCAAGCUUAUUCAAGUUCUCUCUGUGAUUGUGAUUUGCAACUGAAAACUUGCCUGAAAAAAGCGAGUCAAACUGAAAUGGAAGCCACUUUAUUUGGAAUGAUUUACUUCAAUGUUUUGAAAACCAAGUGUUUCCAACAAGUUAAGCCUAAAGGCCAGUGCCUUGAAUACUCUGGAUUGCUUAUUAAACGAUGUGCAAAGCAAGCUGAUCUUAAUACAACUGAACUCGUCUACCAGUUUCAAACCUCUGGACUUUUCCUUUAAAAAACUAUUUACAUUAAUAAAUAAUCAAAGCUAAAAAACCUCAAAA